AUGGACGUUCCUGCCAUCCACGACCCCCGACUCCGCUUCAAGACUGCGGAUCUCAACGGGAUCCGGUACAGAUAUAUCCACGCAGAGCCAGAUUCAGGAAAGUCUGUUGGAACCGUUUUCCUCGUCCACGGCUGGCCUGACUUGGCCCUGGGAUGGGCCAAUCACAUUCCCUUCCUGCUCUCCAAGGGUCUAAGCGUUGUUGCCUUGGACAAGAUAGGAUAUGGAGGAACUGAAUCGCCUGAUGAUAUUAGGUUCUACACUUGGAAACGCGCUGCGGAUGACAUCGCUGCACUUGCAAGCCAACUUGGCCUGUCGCGAAUCAUCAUUGGCGGACACGACUUUGGCGGAGCUGUGGUCUAUCGCACCGCCAUUUGGCACCCAGACCUUGUUGCCGCCUUUUACGUUCUCAAUACGCCCUUUGCAGCUCCUACAGCCUCUUUUGUAGACCUCGCCUAUGAAUGGCCUGGAUUCCGUUACCAGCAGCAGUUCCGCACAAGCGCUAUCCCAGACUAUGUUGGGCCCGCCAACGCACAGAACGCCACGCGUAUACGGCAGAUCUUGAACAACGUCUAUGGGGUAAUUGGUCCUAACGGUGAACAACCCAGCAACGUUACCGACAUCGGAUUUUACUUUGAUCUGCUCAAUCUUGUGACUGAAGAUACACCCCUUCUCACGAAGGAGCAAAUUGACUUCUACGUUAAUGAAUUCACAAGGAACCCAAUCAAUCAUACUCUAAAUGAGUAUCGUAAUAACAAACUAAACUGGGAAGAUGAGCGGUUGCUUGUACCUGGAGAUGGAAUAUACAACGGCAGGUUCAAGCAGCCGGCGCUGUACAUUGCUGCAACCCAGGACCUUACGCUGCCUCCGUCUCUCUCAGAGGGUAUGGAGACCUAUUUCGAUAGCUUGAGCCGAGGCGAGAUAGAUGGCGGGCAUUGGGCGAGGUGGGAGAAGCCUCUUGAGGUUGAGAACUAUGUUGGAAACUGGUUAGCCAGCUCGGUUUUAGGCAAUGUAUCCUUGAAUCUUACUGCAGGGCUUGGUCUAGCAGCUCUUUAG